AUGAGGCGUGUGGAAGGCAACAGCGGCGGCGGCAAUGGCGGAUUACUGGUGGUGGAAGCGACGUGGCGAGGCGAGGCAAUGGCAGCGAGCGGCAGCGGAGGAGUGAUCCCUGGUGGCCAGCGGUGGGAACAACGGGCGGCUGCUGUGCAGCAGAGGCACGCGGUGAUGUCAUCCACAGGCGCGGCGGAGCCAGAAGGACGUGCACUACGUGCCGGACCAAGCGCCAGAAAAAGAACAGCAAGUCAGCAGACUACCGGGAAUGAAGCCAGCCGAAGAACAUCAGCCUUCACCAGGGUGCCGUUUUGUCAACCUGGAGGAUGGCAUCUGUCCAGAGAGAGAAAGCAGCCUACGUUCUUUGUUGUGGUUUUGACGGAUAUAAACUCUGAACGGCACUACUGCUCUUGCCUAACUUUCUAUGAGGCUGAGAUCAAUCUUCAGUUUUGUCAACCUGGAGGAUGGCAUCUGUCCAGAGAGAGAAAGCAGCCUACGUUCUUUGUUGUGGUUUUGACGGAUAUAAACUCUGAACGGCACUACUGCUCUUGCCUAACUUUCUAUGAGGCUGAGAUCAAUCUUCAGGGGACAAGAGAAACUGAAGGAGAGGAAGAUUCUGGUUUGAUUCAGCCAGCAGAAGUAUUUGCUCCCAAAAGCCUGGUGUUGGUGUCCAGAUUAGAUUAUCCAGAAAUCUUCAGGGCUUGCCUUGGCUUGGUCUACACUGUGUACGUGGACAACCUGAAUGUCUCAUUGGAAAGCCUGAUUGCAAAUCUUUGUUCAUGCUUUGUCCCUGCUGCUGGAGGGUCACAGAAGCUAUUUUCUCUGGGAGCAGGAGACAGGCAGCUGAUACAAACACCUUUACAUGAUAGUCUUCCUGUUACAGGGACUAGUGUGGCUCUGCUGUUUCAGCAAUUGGGGAUUCAAAAUGUGCUGAGCCUGUUCUGUGCAGUCCUUACAGAAAAUAAGGUUCUUUUUCAUUCUGCAAGUUACCAAAGACUGAGCGAUGCCUGUAGAGCUCUAGAGUCACUAAUGUAUCCCCUAAAAUACAGUUACCCGUACAUUCCAAUUCUCCCUGCACAGCUGCUGGAAGUUCUUAGUUCGCCCACACCAUUUAUUAUUGGCGUGCAUUCUGUCUUCCAUAAUGACAUUCAUGAACUCUUAGAUGUAAUCAUAGCAGACCUGGAUGGUGGUACAAUUAAAGUUCCUGAAUGUAUUCAUCUUUCCCAGCUCCCAGAACCUCUGCUCUAUCAGACUCAGACGGCUCUCUCUUUAGUUAUACAUCCAGAUUUGGAAACAGCAGAUUAUGCAUUUCCUCCACCACGAUCAGCUGCAUCACAUUCCAAAAUGCUGGAUAAAGAAGUGCGAGCAGUCUUUCUUAGGUUAUUUGCACAGCUUUUCCAAGGAUACAGAUCUUGCCUUCAGCUUAUCCGAAUUCAUUCAGAACCUGUCAUAAAUUUUCACAAGGCAGCCUUCUUGGGCCAACGAGGCUUGAUAGAGAAUGAUUUCCUUACCAAAGUUCUGAACGGAAUGGCGUUUGCUGGUUUUGUGUCAGAUAGAGGCCCUCCCUACAGAUCAUGUGAUCUUUUUGAUGAGUUGGUAGCAUAUGAAGUUGAGAGAAUUAAAUCUGAGGAAAGCCUUUCAUCAAAAAUGUUAAAACAUGUUAGAGAACUUGCAGAGCAGCUAUUCAAAAAUGAGAAUCCAAAUCCUCACAUGGCAUUUCAGAAAGUUCCACGACCUACAGAAGGAUCACAUCUGCGAGUUCAUGUACUUCCUUUCCCUAAGAUUAAUGAGGCUCACGUCCAGGACCUAAUCCAGGAAGGGUUAGCUAAGAACCAAAGUGUACCACCUGCUACUCGGAUAGAAAGGAAAUGUGUUGUUCCUGCUGGCCCACCUGUUGUUUCUAUAACAGAAAAGUCAAGCACAGUUUUCAACAGCGCUCAAAGGCUGGAAGUUGUUAGAAACUGUAUCUCUUCUGUAUUUGAAAAUAAAAUUUUGGAGACUGAAAAGACUUUGCCUGCUGCACUGAGAGCACUUAAAGGAAAAGCAGCUCGACUGUGUUUAACACAGGAACUAAGCCUCCAUGUUCAGCAAAACCGAGCGAUACUGGACCAUCAGCAGUUUGAUUAUAUAAUACGAAUGAUGAACUGCACUUUGCAGGAUUGUUCAACUUCAGAAGAAUAUAACAUUGCUGCAGCCCUGUUGCCAUUAACAACUGCUUUCUAUAGGAAAUUAGCACCGGGAGUCAGUCAGUUUGCUUAUACCUGUGUACAAGAUCACCCAAUAUGGGCUAAUCAACAGUUCUGGGAAACAACAUUUUAUAGUGAAGUGCAAAAUCAAAUCCGUUCCCUCUACCUCUCAGCUAAGGAAGACAAUCAUCCACAACACUUAAAGCAGAAGGAAAAAACUUCUGAGGGCCAAGCCCAAGAAAAAACAGCCAUGGAUUUGGCUGCUGAGCAACUUCAUCUCUGGCCAACACUUAGUAAAGAGACUCAGCAACAGCUGGUGCAAAGUGAGGAAAGCAUGGUUUUCAGCCAGGCAAUUCAUUUUGCGAAUCUCAUGGUUUAUCUGCUAGUGCCACUGGACACAAGUAAAAACAAACUGUUGAGAACCACUGUUAUAGGAGACUGGGAGAGUGGAAGCAAUAGCGUUGUCACAAAUAGUAUUGCUGGAAGUGUUGCAGAGAGCUAUGACACUGAAAGUGGAUUUGAGGAUUCUGAGAACAACGAUAUUGCCAAUGCCGUCGUGCGCUUCAUUACCAGAUUCGUCGACAAGGUUUGUACGGAAAGUGGCGUGACACAGGAUCACAUCAGAAGUCUUCAUUGUAUGAUUCCAGGAAUUGUAGCAAUGCACAUUGAGACCCUGGAGGCAGUGCAUCGGGAAAGUAGAAGAUUGCCACCAAUACAGAAGCCCAAGAUUCUACGGCCAGCUUUGCUACCUGGGGAAGAAUUUGUCUGUGAAGGUCUCCGUGUCCUCCUGGAUCCUGAUGGCAGAGAGGAAGCAACUGGAGGAUUGCUUGGAGGCCCUCACAUUCUCCCUGCAGAAGGAGCUUUAUUCCUUACUACGUACAGAGUUAUAUUUAAAGGCACACCUCAUGAUCAGCUAGUGGGAGAACAGACAGUUAUUCGGAGCUUCCCCAUUGCCUCAAUAACUAAGGAGAAGAAAAUUACCAUCCAGAAUCAACUUCAGCAGAAUAUGCAGGAAGGGCUGCAGGUCACUUCAGCUUCCUUUCAGCUGAUUAAGGUAGCUUUUGAUGAAGAAGUGGGCCCUGAAGUUGUAGAGGUGUUUAAGAAACAGCUGCUGAAGUUUCGCUACCCCCAGUCCAUCUUUAGCACUUUUGCUUUUGCAGCUGGUCAAACUGCACCUCAGAUAAUUUUACCAAAGCAAAAGGAAAAGAACACUUCCUUUCGCACUCUUUCAAAAACAAUUGUAAAAGGAGCUAAACGUGCAGGGAAAAUGACAAUUGGCCGACAGUACUUAUUGAAGAAGAAGACGGGGACAAUUGUAGAAGAAAGGGCAAAUCGUCCUGGGUGCAAUGAGGAGGAUGAUAUCUCAGUUUCAGAUGACAGUGAAAUGCACACCAGUGGUACUUUGAAGGCAUCAGAAAAAUCAACCAUGGAGCAGCUAGUGGAGAGAGCAUGUUUCAGAGAUUAUCAGCGUUUGGGAUUGGGGACCAUCAGCAAUAGCUCUUCUCGCUCAAAAACAGAGUACUUCCGAAUAACUGCAUUGAAUAGAAUGUAUUCUCUUUGUAGAAGCUAUCCAGGUCUACUCGUGGUACCUCAGUCUGUGCAAGACAGCAGCUUGCAGAGAGUAGCACGCUGUUAUCGACAUAAUCGCCUACCAGUUGUCUGUUGGAAAAACCCCAAAACCAGCACACUCCUGCUUCGAGCUGGUGGCUUUCAUGGUAAAGGAGUUGUUGGUCUUUUCAAAUCUCAAAAUGCACAAACAUCAGCUCCUACAUCACUAGAAUCAUCAAGCAGCAUAGAACAAGAAAAAUACCUGCAAGCCUUAUUGAAUGCAAUUUCAGUCCAUUGCAAAAUGAAUGGCAAUAACACUCUCACUGUCAGGCCAACAAUUGCUUUGUCUCCAGGCACUGAAAAGAGGGCUUCAAGAAUGUCCACUGUGUUUAAGCAGGUAGUGCCAGGACAUUUGGAUGUAAAUCUGUCCAAUAGCUUUGCCCGAGGAGUGCUUGGGUACAGAGAUAAAUGUUUCACUCAUUCAAAUCCCAAAUCAGGAAGAGUUGAUCAAGGUAUGUGGGCAAGUCUUCGUUCUAGCAGUCGGUUUAUCAGCACUCAGAUGCCAUUCCUUGAUGUGGGUGCAAGACUAGCUGGGAAAGAUGGUUCACCUUCCUAUACCAACAGAAGUGCAUAUUUUCAAAACCAGCUUCUGAAGCGCCAAGCGGCUCUCUACAUAUUUGGAGAAAAAUCUCAACUAAGGGGCUUCAAACUUGAUUUUGCUUUAAAUUGUGAAUUUGUUCCAGUUGAGUUCAGUGACAUCAGACAAGUGAAAGCUAGUUUUAAGAAGCUCAUGAGUGCUUGUGUUCCUAGCAAUAUCCCUGCAGAUUCUGAAAUAACAUUCCUUAAAGCACUUGGAGAAUCAGAGUGGUUUCCACAGCUUCAUAGGAUAAUGCAGUUAGGGGUGGUUAUAUCAGAGCUGCUUGAGAAUGGCUCUUCAGUUUUGGUUUGUCUGGAAGAUGGCUGGGAUAUCACUGCACAGGUGGUGUCUCUUGUGCAGUUACUCGGCGAUCCAUUCUAUCGAACACUUGAAGGUUUCAGAAUGGUAGUGGAAAAAGAAUGGCUCUCUUUUGGUCACAAGUUCAGCCAGCGUAGUAACUUGACCCUCAAUUGUCAGGGGAGUGGAUUUGCUCCUGUUUUUUUGCAGUUCUUGGACUGUGUGCACCAGAUUCACAAUCAGUAUCCAACGGAGUUUGAGUUCAAUCAGUAUUAUCUGAAGUUCUUAGCAUUUCACUAUGUUUCCAAUCGAUUUAAAACAUUCCUUCUGGACUCAGACUAUGAAAGACUAGAACAUGGGACCCUCUUUGAGGAUAAAGGAGAAAAGCAUGGAAAGAAAGGAAUUUGCAUGUGGGAUUGCAUUGAUAAAAUACAUAAAAGGAGUCCUGUUUUCUUCAAUUAUCUCUAUGCACCCGUUGAAACAGAGGCAUUAAAACCAAAUGUGAACAUGUCCAGUCUUAAAAAGUGGGAUUACUACACAGAGGAAACCUUAUCUACUGGUCCUUCUUAUGACUGGGACAUGGUAACUUCAAGAUGUAGUACCUUGGAUGACUGUGACCAGGUGGAUGUAUCACCUUCCCAAAGUAAAAGAAAAAUUGUCUGGCCAUGCUAUGACAACAUAAACAAAGUGCAACCUGAUGCCAUCACCAGCCUAUUAAAUGAAAUUGAAAGAUUGGAGACCAAGUUAAACCAAAGCCCAGAAAGGUGGCAGCCAUUGUGGGAAAAAGUCAAAGUGAAUGUUAAAGAAGAUACCAGACACGACAAUCAUCGGAGACAUCCUUCUGGAUCCUCAUCAAUAAUGUCUGCCAAUCUGCAUUCCUAUCAGAAGAGGUCUUUGCUGCAUCUGCCCGACAGCGGACUGGGUGAUGAGCAAAGCACCAACGCUUCACCCUCCAAUGGUGUAGAAAGAAGAGUAACUACGCUGUACAAUCAAUUCACAUCAAAAAAUUAUGAAAAUAGGUCAUUUGAAGGUACACUUUACAAAAGAGGAGCUUUGUUAAAAGGCUGGAAACCUCGCUGGUUCGUCCUAGACGUUACCAAACAUCAGCUAAGGUAUUAUGACUCUGUGGAAGAUGCAUGCUGUAAGGGGCAUAUCGACCUUGCAGAAGUAGAAACUGUAAUUCCAGCUUCACCAACAAUUGGCGCUCCAAAGCAUGCCAGUGACAAAGCAUUCUUCGAUCUGAAGACAAGCAAGCGUGUAUAUAAUUUCUGUGCCCAAGAUGCACACAGUGCCCAGCAAUGGAUGGACAGAGUACAGAGCUGCAUUUCAGAUGCAUAACAAGGAAUCUCCUGGCACUGCCAGCUGCAGGAAGGAAAUGCUCUCCAUAUACGUGAGAAAGUAAUGUUUGAUUGGGAGGGGACCUUUUUGCAGAUCAAGCAGCCUUAUAUUUCAGCCAUAAAAACUUAGGACAUCAUCUUUUCUUAAGUAUGUAACGUACGUAGUUAUUUUUUCUCCAGUUGGAGGACACUCAAAAUAAAUAACCACUUUGCCUGAAAAACUUUCUCUUUAGUAGGGUAUCAAGUUGGCUGAAUGGGCAGCAUUGCACUGGGUUGUCUUUAAUCACAGAGUGAAUACUUUUUCCAGACAUUCUGUUUCCUACUUGGUUUACCUGUAAAGGAAAUAAUUGAGAGAAUAAUGAUUAUAGUUGAAGGCUAGUAGCCGUUACUUAGAGAACAUCGUUUCAACUUAUAAGUCCUGUAAGUCUGAAAAACAAUAAUAGGCAAUACAAAGUAGGGACAGAAGUUCAUGGUGCUUAAAUUUUUACAUCAAAAACAUUUAAAGAAUUAUUCCUUCUCUGCCAGUUGUUUGGGGUCUUUCUAUCUCUACAAGUAUCUUUCACUGUUGCGGUUAGUUAACCGUCAAAUGCAUCCUUUUUACUUUGAAUUCCUUUUGCAGAGCAACAGUGGAAAUAAAAUUGCCUGAACUUUUUACAAACACACUUAGGUAGGAGAAAAAAGCCUCGGAAGUAUAAAACUUGUAUAUUAACUUAUGUGCUGUUCUGCACACUGUAAAAUGGAAUAACACAAUGAUAAAUGCACUAAACAAAACACUUGCACUGAAACCCUUGAUAGCAGACAUUUUGAAGGACUGAUUUAUUUAUAGCAAAUGCUUGCUAAAUAAACAGCAAAUGCAGAUGAUGAGCAUGUACAUAAUUGGGCUUAAUAUGUGUGAUUUGAUACUUUUAAAACAUUUUUGCACAUGAAUUGGAAGAAUGUUUUUAGAUUUUUUACAUUUGCUAACAUUGUGUUUCUUCAUCUUAAAUUUGUUUGAAGAAUGUUGUUUUUUUACAGUCCAAAUUAAUACAAGUUUGACUUGCUACAGCCUGUGAUGACUGAGUGUGGAGUCUCUAGAUAGCACUGCAAAAACUUCAGUGUUUUUAUUUCAGAUAUUAAUAUGUGAACUAUAAGACUAAUAUGUUUGUAUAUACAAGUUGAUAUUUUCUAGUGUUUAGUCAUGUUGCUUGUAACACUUGAAGUAACCAAACUGACUUCUUUUGUAGGCUUUCAGUUGCUGAAAUUGUUUGCCCUUUUUAAAACUACUUCUUGGCUUUUCUUCUUUGAGUAAAUAGUGAAUACAUAUUCUACACUGCACACAGAAUAGGAAACAA